UCUUGCUGGAUAUUAUUGUCAUUCGGCAAUAAUGACGAUUCACAACUUAUAUAUUUUCGAUCGCUAUGGAACUUUGCUAUACUACGGCGAAUGGAACAGGUCUAAACAAUCUGGAAUGUCGAGAGAGGAAGAAGGCAAGCUGAUGUAUGGGAUGCUGUUCUCAAUCAAGUCCUUUGUAUCCAAGAUUUCCCCAUUGGAUCCAAAAGACGGAUUCCUGCACUACAAGACUUCAAAAUACACACUACAUUGUUUAGAAACACCAUCAGGACUUAAAUUUGUCAUGAAUACUGACAACCAAGCUCAAGGGGUGCGGGAAUUGUUGAAAAAGAUUUAUGGAGAAAUUUAUGUUCAAUAUGCUAUUAGGAAUCCCCUGUGUGGUAUUGGUGAACCAAUAACUAGUGAACUAUUUAAAAGUAAACUUGAUGCUUUCAUCAAAACUACUCCAAUUCAUGCAGUGAGAGCUUCAUGAUAGAAACCCUCAAUAAAUAGUUAUAAGUAU